AUCAGCGUGCUGCCUCGGUGCAGCGGCGUGGGCGAGGUGCUGGAGGCGUGCACGCUGCGCCAGGCGGGCGCCGCCUUUGUGCGCGCGGGCCUGGCCGCCGCCUCCGCCAUCCUCACAGAGUCACACAUCUCGCUGGCAGCCCUGCUGCUGGUACUGCUCAUCCUGUUUGGUCUGUGCCGCUCGGGAGGCAUCGGCGCGAUGCCCGGCGUGCCGCCCAUGCUGCGCCGCCGCCCCGAGUUCCACGGCAGCCCGCUGGCGGUGCGGGCGCGGCUGGGGGGCGUGGCCACCCAGCUGGCCUACGCCGCCGCCCACUGCCUGGCGCACCUGGCCGCCGCCAUCUCGCUGCUGCUGCUGCUGGAGCUGGCCAUUGAGGUGAUGAUCAAGUAUGAAGGGGUGGGGCGAGACGGCUACCACUCGCUGUUCCACGUGCACUACGACGAGGCCUUCUCCUCCCUGCAGGUGCCCCACUUCAAGGGCUUCCUGCGCUUCCACAUCACCCGCGCCGGCGACCUGGAAAUGUUUGCGCUGGGCCUGGAGCGCUCGCCGCACGCGUGGCGCGAGGACCCGCGCUGGCGCACGCCGCACGGCGGCGGCAACCGUGACGUCCCCGCCCACCGCGCCAAGUGGGUGCCUGUGGAGGAGCGUGUGCACCUGCUGCGACCGCCGCGCAUGGUGCCCCCCCCAGAGGCCCAGCUCCAGGUGGUGGAUUAUCUGCUGGUACCGCGGUACCCCAGGCGGGGGUGA